AUGAAAGUGACAAUCGCCACCGUCCUUGCGAGCAUCCUGCUCCUUGGCUUCGCCAAUAUCGCCAACGCUUCGGAUUGUGGUUGCCCCCCGACCACUCCAAAGCCCUGCCCAACAACGGCACCGACUUGUGCGCCAACAACAACUACUUGUGCGCCACCCAAAACAACAACAACUACUUGUGCGCCACCCACAAGACCACCUCCAUGCACAGAAGCCACCACAACAACUAAAAAGACAACAGUAAAAACCACCACAAGGAGGCCCACCACAACAACCAGAAAGACAACAGUAAAAGCCACCACAAAAAGGCCCACCAAAACAACGAGAAAGACAACAGUAAAAGCCACCACAAAAAGGCCCACCAAAACAACUAAACGUACAACAACUAGACGUACAACAACUAAACGUACAACAGUGAAAUGCACCACAACUAAACGUCCAACACCAAAGACCACCACCACAACUAAACGUCCAACACCAAAGACCACCAAAACAACUAAACGUCCGACACCAAAGACCACCACACACAGAAUUCCAACACAUAAGCCCACCACAGCUAAACCCACCAAUAAGCCAUGUGGCUGCAAGCCCUGCGGUCCUGGAGGCGAACCCUGCCCAGGAUGUUCUAAGAGGGAUGCACUGUGCCAGGAACUUAUCGGCAUGACUCGCAACCUCGAGCGCAGGAUCCGCCAGUGCGUCUGCGGUGAAAAGGUUUGGUUGUUGUAA